AGGAGAAGCUGCUGAAGAACAGGCUACGGCUGCCCUGUCGCGAUUAGCUCCCAGCGAUCUUCGCCCCCGUAACGAGAGCCUCGCACUGACGUUCCGUCAUUUUUCUGCGCGUCCGCGUCGUUUCUUGCCGCGUACCAUAGUUCAGUGACGACAAAGAGAGCGAUUAAAAAGAGAGGAAGAAAGACAUCGUUCACGCUGCAAGAUUUUACGGUGUAUUCGGUACGAGUGUUUCGUCCGUCAAUAUUCUGUAAUUAUUGCGAGCUAAAUCUAAAAUUACGAAGAUAUAGAAGAAGGGAAGAGAAUCUAAGAAAAGUCGGAAGAAACAGGGAGUUGAAGAUAUUGAAAGAGGAAAUAGGACAAAGAUGAAGAGAUGUAACGUAAUGUAAAACAAUGAAAGAUUAGAAUACAACGUAACGAGAGAUUUAAAAGUAGCAAAGGGAAGGAAAGUGGAAAAAGAAGAGCAGAGGCGAGAAGAGAAGAGAUACGAGAGGAUUUAGAAUGGGGAAGAUGAGAGCUUUGCUGAUGAUAAUCGGCAUUAUUUACGCGUGUACCUGUGGCGGGCGUACGGAAUGUGGAAAUCACGCGCAGAUUUCGCUGCUGACAAGCAUCCACGAUGAUGCGUCCUGCAGGAAGCUAUCCGCUAGAGGUGUACUGCUGUACGAAGCGGCGAAGCUACUCACAGAGAUUCACAAUAACAAGACAGCUGGCUACGAUAUCGAAGUGACUGUUGUGGACACGUGCGAUAGCAUAACCGGCGCUCUGAAAGCAGCGAUGAAGGCUCUCGUGGGGGCAGACACGAGCUGUUUGCAACCGCCCUACUACUUAGGAAUUAUCGGGCCAGACACUGCGACAAAUGCGGAAGCCGUACACAAGAUAACGUCAGUGCUGAAAGUGCCGCACAUCGUGAGACGAGAAUCGAAUUCUCCGUACCUUCAUCAUUUAAUGAAGGAAUCCGAUUCUUAUCUAGUCCAGGGCACCUUGAAGGUCGUGGAAGAACUGAAAUGGAAGUCGUUCACAUUGGUGGUGAACGCGGAUGAAGAUGGCGAGGAUGAUGCUCAAAACAUUGCUAAAAAACUGACAAUAGCAGCCAUUAGGAAGGGUCUGUGCGUUUUGAUCGAUGACGGCGAUCAAGACGACUUGACCUCGCACAUCGUGCAUAUUGGAACGCCGCAAGACGAAUUCUUCAGCAAACCGGUGAACGCGACCGUUCUGGUCGUCAGCGAAGGGCAUCUCGAAGAACACCUGAAGCACAUCAACUCGACAAACGCUAUACUGCUUCUAGAAGACUCCAGGAACGAAUUCCCAGGAUUAGAAGCAAGGGUAGAGAAGUCGAAAUGGUGGUCGAGCAAAGAUAGCGGGAAAUACGACUCGGAGGAACUGAGGGAAGUUAGAUGGCUUGAGGACGCGAUAAAGGUGUAUGCGAAAGCGUUAGACACGCUGUGCAAGAAGAAGAAGUGCAAGAGCCAGGUAAACGCCGUCGACUGGAACAACGUUGUGUCGAACGUAAUCGCGGGUCACGCGAAAGAAUCGCAAUCAAGUGCUGCUUCUCUCGAGCUAUCGAUGAAAGUAAAGGCCUCGGAUCUACAGACAAUAGGCACGAUCGUCGUCAGCAAGAACAAGGUAAAAUUACAUUGGGGCGACGACGAUGACAACGAUGACGACAAAGACGACGAUGAUGAAAAGGAUGAUGAUAAGGAUGACGAUAACGAGGAUGAUGAGGAUGAAAUGCCUAAAGCGUUCAAGAAGUUGAUCAGUAAGGAAAAAGGGAUGAAGACUGGCUGUGCUACCACACCGAAGGAGAUUAAAAUGUUGCACGAGAACGACGACGAGACUGCUCAGGUUCUCGUUUCUGAGAUAGAUAACACCGAGUGGUGGACCAUGGUUGGCACGGUAAGCGGCGUCGGUGUGGCGAUGUUCGUGGUCGGGAUCCUAGCCGUUUACGUGGUCUACACAAAUAUUCGUGGUCCAGUGGCACCGAAAAACGCUCGUAUCGAAAGAGACACCAGUCUGAGAAGAGUUGGUAGCGACAGGGAACCACCUGUCCGUACCCAAAGACACCAACGUACGUUGCAGAGGAGGGACAGUAACAGAAGCACCAUUUCAGAGAAAAGCGUCUGACGGGAUUUUUCGAUGGCAGGCAAUCUCGAAAACUAAAGCUAGUCACACACUUAAACGAAUCGAAUAUUUCGAUAACGCGAUAUCUUUUUAGUUUUGAUUGAUCUUGAGUCGCCUCUAAUCGGUUUGAAUCGGUUUGAAUCGGUUUGAAUCGGUUUGAAUCGGUUUGAAUCGGUUUGAAUCGGUUUGAAUCGGAUUGAAUCGGUUUGAAUCGGAUUGAAUUAUUUUAGAAAUGAUUUACAGUGCUGCGAGUGAUUAUAGACUCAAACACAUUGUUCAUCCUUUCUUCAUUAUUUCUUCAAUGUCUGCAAGAAACCACUGAUCAUGUCUGGAUAUGUUCAAUGAAAUUGUUUUUGUAACAGGUCGAUCGAACGCUAUAGAAUAUCAAGAGUUAUCUCAUGACGAAAUUUCAUAACCGAAAUAGCAAACAAGGAGAUAAUUUUUCAACAAUACAAUGCUUCCAUUUAUACAGCCGCCACUACAAAAAAUUGUUGCCCAGAUUUUGGAAUAGAAUUAUUACCAUGGCCAGUAUUGAGUCUUGACCUGAAUCCUAUCGAGAACCUGUGGGGGAUUCUAACAAGUAUGGCCGGUUAUUCAAAACGAAGCUUUAAAUAAGUUAAUAGAUAACAGAAGUAAUAGAAAAUAAAGAGAAAUCCACUAAAUAUUGAAUGAGAACGUAACAAAGUUAACAUCAAGUUUAUAUUUUUUCAUAGCCGAAAACGUAAUUUUAAGAAAACGUUUAAUUUUCUACAGAUUUCUAAAGAAGAAAAAUUGUACAUGUCGUAUCUCCAGUUUUAUAUGACAAUAUGAAAUUAUAUAAAAGACUUUGCCAAUUUUUGUUUUAAUAUUAUGAAAAAUCUAAAAAUGGGCUUGGGCUUAUAAUUAUUCACGGCACUGUAUGUUAACACAGUUAAUACAUUUAGUAUGAUGUCGAUAUGUGUAUCGAAGUGGAAGAAGCUCUUCAGUGACGAUGUCGAUACGCGUGGACAAUACUUUUUUUUUUCUCAGAAAUCUGACGUGUGUUGUAGUCACUUUUUAAGGAAAACCAAGUGAAAAAUGUUGUUUUUAAUAUUUUUCAAUGCGGAAUAUAGGAAUCGACUUCGUAAAUCGAAAUAUUCUCCAUUUAACGUGUUAAGGUAGGUUUAGGACUAACAAGCUUGUCUUGAUUCUUCUUGAUUUGAAGUGAUUUGUUCGAUUAAAUUGAUUUUAGACGGAUUUGUUCAAUCGAAUUUCGAUUGAUUCUCUAUUCGAUUGAUUUGUUUGAGAUUCGGAAUGGUUUGACAACAGUCGUCAUUUCCAUUUGCAAUCGAUGCAAACCAACUCAAACUCGGUUCACUCGGUUCAAAUACGUUUAAAUCGGUCUAAAUUCGUUCGAAUCGACCAAAAUGCUUUCAAUUUCCGAUCUAGUCACUUUCAAUUUAGUUUCACUCGUUGGAAAAAGAUUCAAUUUCGAUUGGAACAAGUGUACGACUGGCUGGUCCUCAAUUCAACCUAGCGCGUCAUAUUUCGCGGAAACUUUCAACAAGCAACCUCAAUCUUUAUCGAAUCGAUGGAAAACCUCAAAUAUCAGCAAAAUGUCAACAAGUUGUCUGUUUGCUUUUACCUUCUUGUGUCUCUCUCUGUCUCUCUCUCUCUCUCUCUCUCUCUCCCUUCCUCUCUCUAUUUCGAAAGAAAAAUGGAAUGAGUACACACUGAAAAUACUUUCUUACAAAAGAAUAGUUUAUCCUUUAAUCCUCUCACUGCAAAAUUACUGGAAAUCGUUGGAAAAUCACUAUGUUGGCAUAUAUAGAAACAAG